GGUCAAGGGGAACAAGUCAAGAGAACAUCUCAAGCGUGGAGUUUGUUUUCUUAGCUUUAAGAAGCCUCGGGCAGAUAAGAGAAAACUUAAAAGAAACAAAUUUAGAGAGAUCGAAAGAAAGUGAGAGAAAGAGGGAGAAGGAGAAGAUGAAGUUGCAUGGCUUGUUCUUGGUGGCUCUUUUCUCCAUUGCAUAUACGCAGCUGGUCAUGGGGAAACCUCAACCUCACGAGGGUUGCCCAAUUAGAUCUAGAUGUGGCAAUGUCACAAUUGAGUACCCUUUUAGCACUUCUCCAGGUUGUUCCUAUGCCGACGAUGGUAAUUACAAUCUUACUUGUAACGAGAAAGAGGAGCUCUUCUCUGGCGACAUUCCGGUCAUCAACAUUUCUCACAGUGGCCAGUUUCAUGUUCGGCUUUUGGGAUCAUACGUUUGCUAUGACAGUCAAGGAACUCAAACUCAUUCCAGCACGGCCUAUGUUACCCUGGGUAGUAUUUUAACUAUCUCUGAACAGAACAAAUUUACUGUUGUAGGAUGUAACAGUUACGCAUUUCUAAGAACAUAUGGAGUUGAAAAAUACUCAACUGGAUGCAUAUCAAUGUGUGAUUCUCUCCCAUCGAGAAAAGGAUCAUGUUCUGGAGAAGGUUGCUGCCAGACCCCUGUCCCUAGAGGGAGCUCGUAUGUCAAACUCAUACCACAUAGCUUUCGCAACCAUACUUUUGUGCAUGAUUUUAAUCCUUGCACCUACGCCUUUCUCGUCGAAAAUGAUAAGUUUGACUUCAAUGCUUUAGAAGACCUCAAGGAUCUGCGGAAUGUCAGAAUGUUUCCUGUGCUACUAGAUUGGUCUGUUGGAAACCAGACAUGCGAGCAAGUUGGAAACACAAGCAUAUGCGGUGGGAACAGCACAUGUUUUGAUUCUAUUCGUGGAAAGGGUUAUAACUGCAAAUGUUUAGAAGGUUUUGAGGGGAAUCCAUACCUUCUAAACGGUUGUCAAGACAUCAAUGAGUGUAUGACUAGUAGUAAACAUAACUGUUCGUAUCCUAGUACCUGUGAAAACACGAAGGGAAGCUUCAGUUGUAACUGUCCAUCUGGUUACCGCAAAGAUUCCCAUAAUAGCUGCACCCGUGAAGUCAGGCCUGAAUACUUUAGAUGGACUCAAAUUUUUCUUGGAACCAUCAUCAGCUUCUCGAUCAUCCUGCUUGGAGUUAGCUGUAUAAAACAGAGAAUGAAGCAUCAAAAAAACACUGAGCUCCGACAACAAUUCUUCGAGCAAAAUGGUGGCGGCAUCUUGAUACAGCGACUCUUAGGAGCAGGGCCAUCAAAUGUCGAUGUAAAAAUAUUUACUGAAGAAGACAUGAAAGAAGCAACUAAUGGUUAUGAUGAAAGCAGAAUACUGGGUCAGGGAGGCCAAGGAACAGUCUACAAAGGGAUAUUGUCAGAUAACUCCGUAAUUGCUAUAAAGAAAGCUCGGCUUGGAGACAAUAGCCAAGUAGAGCAGUUCAUCAACGAAGUGCUAGUGCUUUCACAAAUUAACCACAGGAACGUGGUCAAACUACUAGGCUGCUGCCUAGAGACUGAAAUACCCUUGUUGGUAUAUGAGUUCAUUAACAGUGGCACCCUUUACGAUCACUUGCACGGUGUCAUCUACGAUUCUUCUCUUACAUGGGAACACCGUCUAAGGAUAGCAAUAGAAGUCGCUGGAACUCUCUCAUAUCUGCACUCCUCAGCUUCUAUUCCCAUAAUCCACCGCGAUGUCAAGACUGCUAAUAUUCUCUUGGAUGAAGACUUAACUGCAAAAGUAGCUGACUUUGGUGCAUCAAGGCUGAUACCGAUGGACAAAGAGCAGCUCACAACUAUGGUGCAGGGUACUCUCGGGUAUUUAGACCCAGAAUACUACACCACAGGACUUCUGAACGAGAAGAGUGAUGUUUAUAGCUUCGGGGUAGUCCUCAUGGAACUAAUCUCAGGUGAAAAGGCAUUGUGCUUUGAACGGCCACAAACAUCAAAACAUCUGGUGAGUUACUUUGCUUCUGCCAUGAAAGAGAACAGGUUGCAUGAGAUUGUUAAUGGGCAAGUAAUAAACGAGGACAAUCAGUGUGAGAUCCGGGAAGCUGCAAGAGUUGCUCUUAAAUGUACAAGAAUUAUGGGAGAGGAAAGGCCAAAGAUGAAAGAAGUAGCUGCAGAGCUAGAGGCCUUGAGAGUGAAAGCAACAAAGCAUAAGUGGUCGGAUCAGUAUCCUGAGGAGAAUGAACACUUGCUCGGCGUUCAAACCUUAUCAGCACAAGGCGAUACCAGUAGUAGCCGUGGCUAUGACAGCAUUAAGAAUGUACCAAUAUUGGAUAUUGAAGCAGGCCGCUGAUGUUAAUGCUUUCACACAAAAUCACACAAGUAUCUCUUUUGUUUAUAAAAAAAAGCAUCGUACGUCUUUGUUGCUUCAUCAAAGUAACACUAUAAUUUAAACAA